AUCAAAAUCAAGUUUUUGUAUGAAAAACUUUUUUAUUUGACAAGAUAUCUUCACGGAUUUUGGCAUAGAUUUUUGUACAAGACAUAUUGUUCAGAUCGAACCACUAUAACAAAUAGUGGUUGUUAACUGACCGAUUAAAAUCAAGGUAAAUAUCUUUUUAUGCCCUAUUAUGCUAUAAGAAAUGCACGUGUGAAGGGGAUUAUAGCUUCGCUGCUUUCUUGUUAUCGAAUAACAGGUGUGUAGUUCUUAUACGUAAAAGGAUCUCAUCAAUAUUAUAAUAUAGAUUCUAAAAAACUCAAGAUUUCUUUAAGAUUCUUCGCCUAGCCUUGUCUAUAAUAAACUACCUGUCGUCGUACCUCAGAUAAUUUUGAGGAUUGCUGUGGGAAGGAUAUCCGUGUCCAUGCCAAUUACGUAGACUUGUCGUCGAACCAGAUUGAAAACUCACAAGCAUUGUUAAACUUUUAUACUUACACAACAACAAUGUAUAGUCAAACUAAAAAGCCAAUUUUAAUAGAACAAGUUUAAUCCCUUCUAUGUAUGACAAUUUUCUGCAUGUCCUAUGAAAGGCAUUAACUAGUUGAACUGAGACAACAGUUGAAUGUCAGUUGUGCAUCCUCAAAUUAUAAAUUAAAUAAAUUAUACGUUAAUAAAAAGCCAUUCGUAAAAAUAACAAUGAUGAACACUGUAAGGAAUAAAUAAUGAAAAACACUGUAAUAAAAUACAAUCGAAAAUGAGCAAACAUAGUAGUUUGUUCAAAAUCAAUUAGUGAAAACAAUUCUUGGAAAAUAUAGGAAACUCGGGCGAAAGCAGUUUUCAAAUUAGAUUUUCGUUCAAAAAAACUCAUUGCAACUAAUAAAUUUCAAGUUUUACAACAAUUAAUUGAUACCAUUGUUAAUUAAUAAAACGUAUAACAACAAAAACGACAAUAAUAACAACGAUUACACGAAUAUCAAAACAGAGCAAGAAGCUGUUAUAUGUUUUGUGUGCAAAAGCUUGCAGUACCGUUACUAACCAUUGCCAUUUAACAGCAGCUAGAACAAGCCUAUAAAAAAAAAUAACUUAUACCGAAAAACCAAAAAUAACAACAAGCAACUACCAAUUAAAUCAAUCUAAAACCACAAACUAAACAAACAAACUCACAAGCAAAAAGAAAACAAAAAGAAAACCAAGGAUAAAAAACUUUCGUUUGAAAACCGGCAAACAAAUUAGCAAAGGAGUUACCAACCAGACGUUAAGCGUAUUGCCGCGGCAUUGGUCUCGAGCAUUUUAUAGACCUUAAUAGAAAUAUUAAGCUUUCUAAAAUAGCAAGAGCCAACUCCAUAUAUACAUAUAUUAGUCAAGCGAAAUGGCAUUUUCAACUCAAAAAGAAUUUUUCCAUGUCCCCUUUAUGAACGAGACGGUCGACUAUGAGUGCCGCAAGGCUUGUGUCAAGCUGAAGACCUAUCAGUCGACCAUCGAUCACCGCUCGUGGGCCAUGGAUGAGUCGUUGCAAUCGAGGUUUCUUUCAGAUUUGAUCACCUGCCAAACGCCGGUUGGUGGCUUCGGUGAUGGUGAUGGUGACGAUGAGUAUGAUUAUGCUUUUGAUGGAGAUGAAACAGGUGCAGCUGGACGUACUCAUGGGCAUAAUAUUGGCGCUAUACGUGGUGGUGGUCGGACAGGUGGACGCCCUAACAGCGGUUAUGUCGGCGAACCGGGUACGAGAGGUGAUGAGGGAGCGGGACCUAGUGGGCGUGGUCGGAUGGGUGGCACCGGGGGUGGUGGCCCUAGAGGGGGUGGUCCUGGAGGCGGUGGUCCUGGAGGUGGUGGUCCUAGCGGUGGAAGUCCCGGUGGUGGUGGCCUAGGUGGAGGCGGGCCCGGUAGUGGAUUUCCGGGAAGCGCCGAUGGGAGACGAGGUAAGCUGGAUCAAAGUGGUCUCAUUUCUGCUGAUAGCGUAAUUGCUUGUGCCAAUGAACAAAUGGGAAGAAUGCAGGAAUUGUUACUGCACAAAAAGAAUCUCGAAAAACAAUUGGAAGUAUCGAAUGAACGCUUAAAAGUAUCUAACAUGGAAAAUGAUAAGAUCAAAGCCAUUAUGAAUAACAAAUUCGAUAGCAGUCAUUCGAAAGAUUUCUAUAACAAAAUACAGAAGCUUACAUCAAGCGGCAAAAUCAGUAAAGGCGAGGAAAAUGAACUUUUACAGAUUUACAAUAAAUUCGAAGAUAUGAGCAAGGCAUAUGAAAUAUUACAAGCAGAAAAUGCCUAUCUAAAGCGAUUAAUGGAGAAACUGUCGUCAGGUGCAUCCUUCGAAGCGCUCAAAGUAGAACCGGAGAAAAGUAACGAUAUUGCAUACCUACAGAACGAGGUGAAUAAGUUGCGUAAGGAGCUCUCCAUAUUGCGUAAGUUUGAACAUGACAAACUGAAAGGCACCAUGGAUAGCAAUCGGAAUAAAAUGUCCGAUCAAGAUGCUGAGACGCUCAAGGCGAUUAUGAAAGAGCGUAAUGCUUUGCGUGAGAAAUGCAAAACUUUCAAGGAUCUUGAGACAAAGGUAUAUGAGCUGCAGAAGAUGGCAAAAGAAGCCGAUAAAAUGUCCGAUAGUCUAUCGAACGAUUUGGAUAGUCAAUCUAAACAUAUAAAUGAAAUGGAACAUGAGAUGAAGCAGAUGCAAGACUACUACGAAGAUCAAAUAGACAAACAUAAGUUUAAUGAAGACAUACUUAGGUGUCAACUCAACGAAAUGAAAGAAGAUCUAAUUCGUGCCUGUUGCAGCGCACAAAAAGCCGAAUGCUUGCAAGUGGAGAACGUCACUUUGCGAAACGAGCUGAUGCGCCGCGAGAUGGCUCUGAAUGAUUACAACUGUCAGUACAACCAAUUGAUGAGUGUCAUUGAUGAGCUCCAGAAUAACGCCAUACAAAAUCUCCACGAUACCCAAACACAAACCUGCACAGAUUAUAUGGACGACUUGACCUUCUUUGCGCGCGCCACUUUGAACGAAAUCAAGAAGGAGAUAAAGAAACGUGGCGGAGAUGGCGACAAAAUCGGCGGUCCAGCUAUUACCGAUGGCCUUAGUCCCGAUGAGUGUUGCGCUGAGUUGCAGCGGCUGCACGAUAUAGUCCAACAAUUGACAAGACAAAAUGAGUAUUUGCAAAAUAAUGUGCAGAAAGCAGCGGAAGACUUUUGUGCAGAUGCGUUUAAGAAACUGAGGGAAAUGGAGGAGAAAUACAAAAAAGCCCAAGAUGAUAUUUCAUAUUUGAAGAAAGACAAGGAUGCCCUAAAUAUGCAUGCUAUGGAUAAACUGAAUGAGUUCUCUGAUCGUGUUGAUAAAAUGGGUACGGACGUGGGUAAGGCCGCUAAAGAUACCGCUUAUAUUGAUAGGGACUUGAAGGAAUCUAUGAAAUUGGUGAAAGAGAUAAGUGACAUACAGUUGAAGAAUGCGCAAUUAUCGAAUGCUGUGAAUGCGCUUAAUACACGCGAUGAUCAGAGCAUUAUAGAUGAUUUACGUCGACAAUUGCUCGAAGAACAAGCAAAAAAUAAGAAGUGUCAGGAGGAGAAUAAGAAGCUAAGAGAACUGCUUGAAAAACGAGGCAUUGACCCAGAUGUAGCAACUAAGGAUAUCAUAAGAGAAGCGGCGGAUGUACAGAAGGGUGGCCCUGCCGCCGUCCUAGACGUUCAAAAGAGUGGUCCUGCCAUUAGUCCAGACGGUCAGAAAGGUACACCUGCUGGUGCGGGUCAAAUAGCCGGGCCUGAAAAAGGUGGCCCAUUUGUUGGCAAAGAUGUUGGCCCAGAAGUUGGAAAAAAAUCUGAGCCAAGCGACGGUGAAGUUGUUAGUGCUGAACUUGUAAAAAAAGCUGCUCCUGGGGAUAGUGCAGUUGUUGGACCGGAAGCUGGUAAAAGAGCUGGUCCUGGCGCGGGUGAAGUGGGUGGUCCUGGUGCUGAUAGAAGAGCCGGAAUUGAUGCGCCUGGAGUUGGAGGUCCAGAUGCUGUCAAAGUACCUUCGGCUGGUGGUACCGUUGAACGUGGCGGGCCUGAAGCUACGCAACCGGUUGUACCUAGUGCCGUUGAAGGGCCAGCUGCGGCCAAAACAACUGGUCCUACUGCGGGUAGCCCUGCGGAGCGUGGUCCUGGAAGACCUGCUACUGGUGGGCAAACUUCAGGUGGUCCUGGUGCGGGUGGACCUUCUACUGGUGGGCCAGCUUCAGGUGGUCCUGGUGCUGGUGGUCCUGCUACGAGUGGGCCUUCUACUGGUGCAACAGGUACGGGUAUCCCUGGUGUUGGUGGUCCAGCUGCAGGUGCUCCUGGUGCAGGUCCCGUUAAAGGUGGCCCGAAUGUAGGGGGUCCUGAUGCAGGUCCCACUACAGGUGGUCCAGCUACAGGUGCUCCUGGUACAGGUCCCGUUAAAGGUGGCCCGGCUGUAGGUGGUCCUGAUACAGGUCCCACUACAGGUGGUCCAGCUACAGGUGCUCCUGGUACAGGUCCCGUUAAAGGUAGACCGGCUGUAGGUGGUCCUGAUGCAGGGGCCACUACAGGUGGUCCAGCUGCAGGUGCUCCUGGUGCAAGUCCCGCUGAAGGUGGCCCGACUGUAGGUGCUCCUGGUGCAAGUCUAGCUAAAGGUGAUCCAACUGCAGGUGGUUCUGCUGUACCCGGGCCAGAUGCAGAUCGUCCCGUUGUAGGUGGCCCUGCUGCGGGUGGACCCGCUGCGAGCGGUCCUGCUGGAGGUAGUCCUGGUGAAGUUGGUCCUGCUACGGGUGGACGAGCUGCAGGUGGCCCUGCUGGAGGCGGCCCGGCUGCGCGUGGUCCUGCUGCGGGUGGUCCUACUGCGACUGGACCUGCUGCGGGCGGUCCUGGUGCUGGUGGUCCUGCUGGAGGCGGUCCUGGUGUAUUUAGCCCUGCUGCAAGUGUUCCCGGUGUAGGUGGCCCUACUGCAGGAGGUCCUGGAGUAGGUGCUUCUACUGCGGGUGGCCCCAUUGGAGGUGGUCCUGCUGCAGGCGGUCCUGGAGCAGUUGGUCCUGCUACGGGUGGACCUGCUUUAGCUGGUCCUGCUACGGGUGGACCUGCUUUAGCUGGUCCUGCUGAUGGAGGUCCUGGUGCAGUUGGUCCUGUUGGAGGUGGUCCUGGCGCAGUUGGAACUGCUGCUGGUGUUCCCGGUACUGAUGGCCCUGCUGCCGGUGGUCCUGGUCUCGGUGCAACGGACGUUGACCGACCUGGUGCAGUUCGAAGAGGUCAACCGGGUAUUAGUAAUGCUGGUGGACCUGGAGGAGUUAUUGUAGACAGUGGUCCUGGAGGCGCUGGUCAAAUACGUAGCCCUGGAGAACCGGAUCGAGGUGGUCCCGGUAUAGCUAUGAUUGGCGGUGCAGGUCCCGUGGGGGAUGGCGCAGCAAUCGGAGGCGGAGAAAGUGAUGGAAGAACUGGCAUUAAACCUGGAAAGGGAGAAGGUAUUGGAGGCGGCGUUUCUGGUAGAGGACCUGUUGGCCGAGGUGCACCGACUUCUGGUGGUGGCAAAAGUCGGAGAGGAAAAGGCACAGCUGCAUCAGCAGAUACAGAUGCAUUCCAACAAUUUAUCGACACUAAUGCCAACACAAUGAUUUCGAAUAUAAAAGCGGGCAGUGCACUGGAAAAGGAAUUACGUGCAAUUCUCAAUUCCUUCAUGAUGGAAUGUGGUUUCUGCUUCUGCAAAAGUCUAGUGCCAAAAAGUAAAUUUUACGCACUCUGCCACAAACUUCUACAUAAUGGUAUACAGUGCAUGUCCUUCCGCGAGUUGGCUUACAUGCAUAGAAAAAUAUUUAUGGCCGCUGACAAGUUGCAUCCAGGCUGUCUAUUAAACAUGAUACUAACCGAACUGGGCUUCAAGGAUGGCGAGGGUCUCAGGUGUUGCCAUUGCAAAAAUGCUCUCUGUUGCAGCAACUCCGAGGAAAUGCUCAAAGAAAAGGUGAGCAAGUUGGAGCGUGAUAUUGAAAUGGCAAAAGAAUAUUUGGACAGUUUGAAAGCGCAACCGAAAACGCCGAAAAAUCCAUAUACCUCAACUGGAAAGACAUACCGAAACAUGGACGAUAGCUAUUCAGAAGCCGUAGAAGAGCUUCUAACAUGUCGUGAAACAAGACCAGCUUUGUCCAGAACACACAGCAAACAAAUGAAGACACUUAAGGCGCGCAUAAUGAAAUGCUCCGAAAUGCUGCGGUGAUUAUUAUAAGUAAACGAUAUUACGGACAAUUACUUUGUUGUGAGCGAGCGUAUAAUUUGAAAACAUCCAAACAUACUUUGCUGCAAUGAUAUCUAUUUUUUAGUUUAUAUUUAUAUUUAUCGCACCGAUAACGGUUUGAUUUACGUUUAUUUUUUUUUUUUUUGCAUUUCGUGCCGAGUGGCAUUUUUACCAAGAACAAUUUUUGUGAAUGAAAACAAAUUUGUUCUAAAAGAGGUCUGCAUAGCCUUCGUAUAAAAAAAUUAUUUUAUUAAUUCACCAACUGAGUGCAUCUUUGGAGAAUUAAUAUAAUAUUUUUACAAAAGUUCGCAAUGCUUGGGACUUAUAUGGACUCGAUCAAUGAAUGACCGCCACAUCCACGGAUAUGUAUAUAUAGUUUAGAGGGUUUUGCGAAAAAAAAAUAAAAAAUUGAAAUAAACAAAUAUAUUUUAAUGAAA